AUGUCCGAUAGUAACGUCCCAACGGAAUGCUCGACGCCCAGGCCAUCGAUGUGCGAAGAAACGGACCGUCAGAUCCUCAAAUGGGCUGGGAAACUCGAAUUGGAGUCUAUUGAUUUGCGGGACAAGUCUUCCAGGCUUUUCCAGAUGCUGGAAACAAACUCACGGCUGCUGAAAAGCUCCCAUGAGAAAGUGGCAUUGGCCACAGCGGGUUUAGGGGAUCUCAAAGAGCUGCAAGAACAGGUCAAACAGGUGUCACAGCAUUUGGAAACGUUUGCGAAAGCACAAACAGCAAACGAAGCCAGUGUAAAAACGUUUUAUCAAAAUCUGGGGGAUUUAUCGACCAAAAACGUUGCACUUAGGUCGUCUGAAAUCGAAAGAAUUGCACUCAACAAUGAGGAUAGGAUCGAUCAGAUUAUGCAUCGUUUUAACAACCAAGCUCAUGCUACUCUUGCGGAGCAAUCGGCACAGAACGUGGCUUGUAAUGUAAGGGCUGAAAGUGCAUUUACAAACUUACUGGGCCAAACAGUUGCAGCUUCACAGGUGCUGAAAUCGGUUUCAGCGGAAACUGCCAGGAAUUCGGAUCGAAUGGUGGCAUUGGAGGAGCAAGUGGGGAUUCUGAAAGGGAGCAUUAGCGCUCUUUGUGAGUUCAAAAAAGAAGUGACAGGGGUUGAAGAAUUGAAAGACGAAAUGAAGACUCUGAAAGAGUUGAAAUCAGAUAUUGCCUCUUUACGAAAAUCCACACAGGGUUUGGACGUUUUAAGUAGUUUCAAAGCAGAAGUGGAAGAGUUGCGAAGCUUGAAAACGGAUGCUGACGCCGUGCUCAAUCUGAGAAUGGAGAUCAGUGCACUUCGAAAACUGAUUGUUACAACACUACGAGAAAAAGAGCACAAGCCUCAGGAAUUGAUGUCCAAACUAUCGCCAAAAUCGAUUCAUAAAGUGUCCAAGCCCGUGUCACGACAACUGCCUAAAAGGACGCAGACAACUGCUGGCACACGUUGGAUUAUCCCCUGGGAUGAAGUUUCAGACAACGAUUCCGCUACAUUGAUGUCAUCGGAGUUGUAA